AUGACUGAUGUAAAUAAUUUUGAAAAACCAUUUCCUAGCGCUCCGCCACCUUAUUCUGCUUAUCCAACAGAAGUACAACAGUAUGGAUUUCAAACUCCUGUAACUCAGCAGCCUAAUUACACACCACAACAGUACAUUCCUACGCCCACUUUCAUUCAACCUAGUCCAGUAAAUCAAACAGUAGUUAUAAUGGGAGGUUGUCCAUCUUGUAGGACUGGAACGUUGGAAAGUGAUUUUACUUGCUGUGGAAUUCUUUGUGCCAUUUUUUGUUUUCCUAUCGGAAUAUUAUGUUGCUUGUGCAUGAAACAGAAAAAAUGUAAUCAGUGUGGUGCAACUUUUUAA